AUGGCUGAGAAUUCAAGUAGAGGGAGGCAACAAAGGGGAAGUGGUAGAGUGUCAUCCAAUGACGACUCAUCAUCUGAUGAUGACAGAACUAAAGACCCUGAUUAUCAACUAAUAAGGUUGUCGUUUAAAAGACAUUAUUCAAACCUUAAUCCUCCUCCCAUUAGGGACACUAAUCAAGAACAAACAUCAGAGCCACCAGUUCCUAACGUGCGACGCAAGCGCCACCGUUCCGCGAGUGAAAACUGUGAUGAAACGACACCUGAAGCUUCAAGGGUCCGUUGUAGGAGGAAUAUCAGCAGGCCAUCGUCAUCGUUGAAACCUGCAACCAUCCUUUCAUGGCUCAUUGACUCUAAAACAGUUGAAGAAAACGGAGAAGUUAUGGAUGAUGGGAACAUAGAGAAGAAAGGGAAGAUAAAGAGGGAGGGGAUAUUGUGUCGUUGCUGCACAAAAACACUGACACCUCAAGAGUUUCACGCUCACGCCGGAGGAACCUCGUCGGAUCAAGAGCGUUAUUACGACAGAAUCCUCGUCGCCGCAGGUAGUUCGAGAAAAUCUAUGUUGUCGUGUAUGGAUGAGGCGUUGCGUGAUCCUAGUGAGCGCGAGAAUCAUGAGACGAAGUUUAUCAGUGCAGAGGAUAGGCAUGAUGCUGGGUGCAUCGUUUGUGCCAUUGGUGGUGAUCUCCUCUGCUGCGACGGCUGUAGCUCAACCUAUCAUCAGCCCUGCAUGGAUAUUACGGAGGUUCCAGAGGGUUCAUGGUAUUGUCCAUAUUGUAUCUGCAAGUUCUGUGGAGAAAUGGAUGAUGAUUUGAUGAACAAAUGUCAUCAAUGUGGCAGGAAAUAUCAUUUGAAGUGCUGUCAAGGGUUGGAAGAAAGAGAACUUGAUCUAAACAUGCUCUCUCAUGAACUUUACUGUGACCAGAAUUGCAUAGAGGUUUCUGAGAAACUGGAGAAAACAUUGGUAGGAUUAAAGAAUGAAUUGGAAGAAGGAUAUUCAUGGACUUUACUCCGUCAAUUAGAUCAUCAGCACGGAGUGUACAUAGAUGAAGAUUAUGAAAGAACAAUUUGUCACUCCAAGCUCGCUAUUGCCUGGAGAUUAAUGGAGGAUUCCUUCGGACAAGUCUUUGAUAGCUACACAAAAAUUAACCUUAUCAAAAAUGUCAUUUACAACUGUGGUUCAAAUUUCAAUAGAAUUGAUUUCAAAGGCUUCUACACCGCUGUCUUGGAAACAAAUGGGGAAAUAGUUUGUGUUGCAGCUCUAAGGAUUCAUGACAAAAGGAUUGCAGAAAUGCCUUUCAUUACUGCCCAUUCUGCUCAUAGACGCAAAGGGAUGUGUAGAAAACUUAUGAUUGCUAUUGAAUCUGUACUUUGCUACCUCAAUAUAGAGAAACUAAUCAUUCCAUCUGCACCAGAAAAGACAGAAAGUUGGAAGAAAAAAUAUGGAUUUAGUGUAUUAGAUGAUGAAACAAAGAAACAUCUAAUAAACUACAAUCGGCUAAGGCUGCGUUUGGGGCGUGUUUAUUUGACAGGCAUGGGGUGUUUGUGGCAGCAACUAAUGGACCAUUAUUGGACUGUGUUUAUAAUUCUCUUCUGGCGCAGUAAGGAAGCACUUUCCUGGAUCAAAGCUUGA